CAUCUUUAAACCUUAGGACAUGCGCAUUAUAAUGCUUCAAAAUGCAGACAGAUUUAGUUCAGUUAGCCAUCUUUUCAAAAUAAAGUAUUUUUGAAUGGAAAAAAUUAUUAUUUGCCAAAACAUCAACAACGCUUGGCUCACCACAUGGCUUACUCUGAAAAGCGUGUUCAAGUAAAGAUUGAAGUUGGGCAUCAGGCGGUAUGUCGAGUAAAUCUAACACCAACAGGUCAUACCCAUGACUGGAGUAUUUUUGUGCGUGGUGCUGAGGGGGCAGAAAUACACUAUUUUAUUGAAAAGGUGGUAUUUCAUCUUCAUGAGAGUUUCCCAAAGCCUAAACGAGUUAUCAAGGAGCCACCCUACAGAGUAUCCGAGUCAGGUUAUGGCAGUUUUACUUUGAAAGUAGAAAUAUAUUUCCGCAAUAAGGAGGACCCUCGAAAAGUUCGUUUUGACUACGACUUGACGUUACAAAUUGUCGGUAUGCCGCCCUUGAACAUCACCAAAGUUGAGGCGUUGACUUUUUUAAACCCUUCAGAAGAUUUCGAGAAAAAACUGUUAAAGGGAGGAGCGGUCGUGCUCUCCUCCUCUGGAACAAGUCCGUCCAGCAACGGUGUGAAGGCUGAUCCAAACCGCACUACAUCGCCUGCUUCCUCACAUGGUUCGUCACCGAGCACUGCUAAGAAACAACAACUGCAUUCAUCGUCGAAACCCAAGCCUAAAGAUUUCGCUCAAAGUGCGAAGCGCUCUAAUAGUGUCAGCGAUGAGACCUUUCCUAAGGCGAAGAAAAAGAAGAUCGAGAAACACGAUAUUUCAAAUCCUUCGUUAAAAGAGAUUCCUAUCCUGAAUCCUGCUACUGAAGCUGUGGAUAGCAUAAAAAUGCCCAAAAGCAGUGUUAAGAAGAUAAAAGAACGCCGGAAAUCAACCGAGCCGGUUAAUGGAGUUAGUGGUAGUCCUAAAUAUAUAAACAAAGAGGGUACACUGAAAGGUAAAGAAAUGAAGACAAAGAAAGAGAAGGAAAAGGAGAAGGAGAAGAAGAGCGAGAAGAAGGUCUCGCCUGAUAAAGAAGGUAUGCCUAAAAUACAGAAGUUCAUAUUCAAACGCACCGCUGAUGACGCGUGGUCUACAACGAGUAAUGUUGAAACCAAUGGUUCACCCACACAAAACACCGCUGCUUUGCCUCCUUCGGCUGGAACGGGUGCUGUUUUGAAUAAUGUGGUCACCACCACAGGAAAACAGAACAUGAGGGUGGACGCUUUGUUGGCCGAGUUUGCCGAAGAAGGGAGUACGUCUGACGACGAGAUGCAUAUUGUUGUGCCGAACGAAGAAGUCAAGCAAAACAAACAAACACCAGAGCAAUUUAACUAUUCCACUUCAUCCAAUUCAUCAUCUAACAGUGGUACCACCACCACUGCUACCACGACUACCAAACCUAGAAAAUCUAAAGUACAUAACCAAAUUAUAACCAAUGGGAAGUUGAACACAAGUAAAAAGGACGCACUGAAAAAGUCGCGUACAUCAACUGAGAUUGCAAAGCCUGUACAAAACGGGAAGGCGUUAAACAUGUCUUCUCAAGAACUUGCUGAAAUGUAUAAAAAGAUCAACAACAUUGAAAACACAGACGCGUUGCAACAACUUGUCGAUAUUGUUGAAAAUACCGGUGCUUUUGAAAUCAGCUCGACGACGUUCGAAUUUGAUCUGUGCGUACUUGAUACGACGACUUUAAAUGCAAUUAAACACGUGCUGGAUAACACGUGAAAAUAAAAGGCGUUGAUUUCUUGGACGAAUUAAAGAAUCUCUUAAACAACUUCGGUGAACGUUAUUGCGUAAAUUUCCGUCGCGGUCGGUAUCAAAAAGCAUUUAACGUGAUCCGUUUGUAUGAUGUUGACUGUUUACUCGUCAUAACCAUACCAGUAUAUUUUACGUCGGAUGAAAGUACGUCACAUUCAUUUCAAUUUUACAAAGAAUUAUUUAUAAAUAUGUCAAUUUGACGAACAUUUCGAAUACCAUUCUUUUUGUGUAUAUAUAUAUAUAUAUAAAUUAUUUUGAGAAAAUUUUAAAUCUACAGUAAGACAUGUACCACUUUGUGAGCCACGCGAAAGUCUAUAAAAAGUUCAACAAGGCUUGGGUAGUUACUGAAUUGACGUAAAAGUGGAAUGAAUCGGUGAUACUGUGACAGAUGUUAAGAUGGGUUUUUAUGAAUAAAAAAAGGCGAAUGCUAGCUUCCAUGUCUUCCGGAUCUUGAAUACCUUGGAGUCAGAUAAGGCUAAAACAGCGCUCUGAAUGUAUAAAAUGGUCUACCAUGCAGUUUUGUGUAUUUUCUCCAAUAAUGUAGAUAAGUUUUUUUCCCAAAAAUUUUUCAGUGAGGUAUAUUUAUUUUUUAAUUUAAAGGGACAUAAUGUUUUGUUUCAGUUGUGUUAACAAUAAACUGACAUGGUAUAACAACAGUUCAAUUUGGUAUGGUUAACAAAUGGGCACAACGUAUUUGAAGAUGGCACAACACAUUUAGAGUUGGGUACAACAUAUUUCCAGAUAGGCAGAACCUCCGCGGAUGGCACAACAUAUUUGCAGAUAGGCACAACUUUUGUAAACUGAUAGACAUGUUGCAAGAUCAUCUUUUAGGAAAACUGAUUAUCUUUUUUAAAGGUCAUAAAUUCAGACGUCUUUUGCAAUGUCUAUUUCAAUUUACUGACCAAUCUUCAAUAAUAAAAAAAACGACAUGGUGAAUAUUUCUGGUAAUGUUUUUUGCGUCUACAUUUAUAACAUUUUUCGUUUAUAUUUUACUUAAAAUUAGUAUUUGUGUUAAGAAACCAAACUUAAUUGUAUAAAUAUGUAUAAAUAGAUUUAUUUUUAGGAGUAAAUAUGCUAUAGGGCUGCUAUUCUUAAAUGAUGAUUAUUUACUUUUUUAUUUACGUGAGAUGUUAUUGGCUACUCCGGCUCUAGUCCAGCUCCUUAUAUGUUUCGACAUGGGAUCGAGGUUGUAGCUUUAUCGUUAUAAAAGCAAUUUAUUUUGAGAAACUCUAAAUGUAUGUGUGCAUAACAUUGAUAGCAUCAAUUGUUUGA